GAACUAAACACAGGAACAACAGACACUGGUGAAACCCCUGAAUCCCAGUAGGCCCAGUAUGAACCCAUCUUCAUGAUCAGCUCCUAGGAAGGAGGCGUUGUCUCUGAAAGCAGCCAAAGACCUGAACUGUGACGUUCAGGAAGUAGCAGAUAAAAAAGCUUAAAGUAGGAAGUGUUCAGAGUUUGGAGCCACAUCCUGAUCACAUCAAGAGACGAAGCUUCACUCCACAUCCAGAGGAAACAUGGACCAAACAGCUCUGAUGCUGCUUCUGUGUCUCUGCAGCUCAGCGCUGUCUGAUGAACUCAGACUGGUAGCAGGAAGGAGUCGCUGUGUUGGCAGACUGGAGAAGAAGGAUCUGGGAGACUGGGAACCAGUGACUGAUUGGAACUGGAACUGGAACUUUACAUCAGCAGCUGGAGCUUGCAGACAGCUCCGCUGUGGAUCUGUGGUGUCGUUACAAAGAGAUGAGGACGACAAUGUAGAGAUCGUCUGUUCAGACUCAGUCAGGCUGGUUCAAGGGACCAACCGGUGCUCAGGCAGACUGGAGGUGAAGACCAACCAGUCGUGGUCCUCAGUGUGUGAAAAAGACUUUGACCGGCAGGAUGCAGAGGUGGUCUGCAGGGAGAUUGGCUGUGGGCCUCCUUCAGCCCACCAGGGGGCGCUCUAUGGAGAAGCAGAGGCUCCAGUGGGGAGCAGAGAGUUCCUGUGUGAAGGCAGUGAGUCUGCUCUGCUGAACUGCAGCAGCAGGAAGAGUUCAGGUAGAAACAGCUGCUCACCUGGUCAAGCUGUUGGACUCACCUGUUCAGAUCAAGACAACAUCAGGUUGGUGGGAGAGGCCAGCCGAUGUGCCGGGAGACUGGAGAUGUUGCAUCAAGAAGAGUGGAGACCAGUGGAUGUUUGGUAUCGUUACUGGAACAUGAACUCAGUUGCUGCAGUUUGUGCUGGACUGGACUGUGGUUCUGCUGUUUCAGCAAGAAAUUCAAAGGAAGCUUCAGAGAGACCAGUUUGGUGGAUCAGGUCUGACUGUUUCCAGUCAGGAUCUGCAUUAAAAAACUGUUUACCUUAUGGUAGACACAGGGAUCAGAGCCAUGAGAUCAUCUGCUCAGACUCAGUCAGGCUGGUUCAAGGGACCAACCGGUGCUCAGGCAGGCUGGAGGUGAAGACCAACCAGUCGUGGUCCUCAGUGUGUGAAAAAGACUUUGACCUGCAGGAUGCAGAGGUGGUCUGCAGGGAGAUUGGCUGUGGGCCUCCUUCAGUCCACCAGGGGGCGCUCUAUGGAGAAGCAGAGGCUCCAGUGGGGAGCAGAGAGUUCCUGUGUGAAGGCAGUGAGUCUGCUCUGCUGAACUGCAGCAGCAGGAAGAGUUCAGGUAGAAACAGCUGCUCACCUGGUCAAGCUGUUGGACUCACCUGUUCAGAUCAAGACAACAUCAGGUUGGUGGGAGAGGCCAACCGAUGUGCCGGGAGACUGGAGAUGAUACAACAAGAAGAGUGGAGACCAGUGGAUGUUAUGGAUAGUUACUGGGCCAUGAACUCAGCUGCUGCAGUUUGUGCUGACCUGGACUGUGGUUCUGCUGUUUCAGCAAGAAAUUCAAAGGAAGCUUCAGGGAGACCAGUUUGGUGGAUCAGGUCUGACUGUUUCCAGUCAGGAUCUGAAGAAAAGAACUGUUUACCUUUUGAUGGAAACAAUUAUCGGAGCUAUGAGUUCAUCUGCUCAGACUCAGUCAGGCUGGUUCAAGGGACCAACCGGUGCUCAGGCAGACUGGAGGUGAAGACCAACCAGUCGUGGUCCUCAGUGUGUGAAAAAGACUUUGACCUGCAGGAUGCAGAGGUGGUCUGCAGGGAGAUUAGCUGUGGGCCUCCUUCAGUCCACCAGGGGGCGCUCUAUGGAGAAGCAGAGGCUCCAGUGGGGAGCAGAGAGUUCCUGUGUGAAGGCAGUGAGUCUGCUCUGCUGAACUGCAGCAGCAGGAAGAGUUCAGGUAGAAACAGCUGCUCACCUGGUCAAGCUGUUGGACUCACCUGUUCAGAUCAAGACAACAUCAGGUUGGUGGGAGAGGCCAGCCGAUGUGCCGGGAGACUGGAGAUGUUGCAUCAAGAAGAGUGGAGACCAGUGGAUGUUAUGGAUGGUUACUGGAACAUGAACUCAGCUGCUGCAGUUUGUGCUGAACUGGACUGUGGUUCUGCUGUUUCAGCAAGAAAGUCAAAGGAAGCUUCAGAGAGACCAGUUUGGUGGAUCAGGUUUGACUGUUUCCAGUCAGGAUCUGCAUUAAAAAACUGUUUACCUUAUGAUGGAAACAGUGAUUGGAGCCUUGAGAUCAUCUGCUCAGGUCUGCUGGUUGAGCCGCUCAUCUUCCUGUCUUCCUCCACUGACGGGGUCUCCACAGGCAGAAAGCAGGGGUCUGAGCUCCUCAUUGGCUCACAUUUCAGCAUCAUCUGCUCCAUCAGACCUCAGUAUGAAGGCGGCUCCUUCCAGCUCAUCUUCAGCACCUCUAACUACACUCAGAACCAGACCCUGCCAGCUGUUAAUCACUCCGCCCUCUUCCUGUUCUCUGCUGCUGGCCACGCCCACCAAGGAACCUACCGCUGCGUUUACCACGUCUACGUUUUCUUCUAUAACUUCUCCUCUAUCAGCCAGCCUCUCAACCUCACUGUCUCAGGUAAACUCAUGGAGUCCAUCAGGAAAAGUUCUGCUUCAGUUUCAGCCUUUCCCACUGCUUUGAUCAUCAGACUGGUUGUCGUCCUGCUGGGUAUGCUGGGAUCAGUCCUGCUCCUCUACUUUAAGGCCAGGAGAAACCAGAAGUCUGGACCAGAAAACAACCAUCAUGAUGAAGGAUCCAGAGCUGAAGGCAGCUUAGAGGAGGAGACUGCAGUCUGAAGGAACCAGGAGAAAAUGAUCUUCAUUUCACAUCCGCAGGAAGGAGCAGAGACAUGUUUCAGACUCCUGGAAAUCUAUCCGUCUAUGUAUCUAUGAUAAAAUGUCUCUGUGCUCCUGCAGCAGGAAGGAAGUUCAACAUUCAGAAAUUUGUAUCUGGACUAAACCUACUUAAGUUAAACUUAUAUAAGAAGGGAACACAAAAGAAAACAUUCAACAAACAAAAUAUAACAGAAAACCCACUUCAUCAAAAUCUGAUCUUCAUCAACCUUGCAAGGAUAGCAUAUGAUAGGAUAUUUGGGGUCAAAGGUCAGGUAGCCAAUUCCAUCAGGCCAUGAACCCAGCUUGUGUCCUUGUCUUAGUUGAAUUGUUGUGUGACAAAUGUAAUAUAGUUGUUCCUGGCUUGUAAUACUUUGUCCUGCCUGUAGGUGGUGUAUGUCAUCACUGCCAUGAUAACCCAUCCAAUACAUCCAGUUCCCACAAGUCUGAACCAGAUGUGAUCUGCGCCAUCUUAGUAGGGAAGUGCAUGCACAAUGCAUAGUGGACCCAUGGCUCCGAGACCAACACAAAGAAAACAUGCCGACCCUCUUGACCAAUGUGUGAGAGAGAUUUACAUGGACAAAAUGGCUGCCAUCAAGGUCGGCCCGUAUGAGACGGAGAAGGAAAAUUUAUCAGACGAUGUGGACAAACUGCCUCUGAUCUCCUACUACGAUAAAGUUAACUACGUAGUCAACACAAAGAGUGCAUACGCCGUAAACGAGCUUCACUGCCUGAAAUUCAUGGACGCAUUUAAUUAGUAUUUCAACAGCUUUUUAAAGGAGAGAAAAUCUCUCUGUGUGAAUAAUGAGGUUCUGGUGACUGGCAGACCAA